UUGGAUUCCUGCAGCAUGGGUACCGUUGUGUAUGGUCCCAGGAGCCAAGGCAGUGCUCAGUUGUAUGCACUUGCAUUGGUGUCCUUCCCUGAAAAGGCCACAGAUGGCUCCCUACAGAGCGAAGACUGGACACUUAACAUGGAGAUCUGUGACAUUAUCAACGAGACAGAAGAAGGUCCAAAGGAUGCCAUUCGAGCGCUGAAGAAGAGACUGAAUGGAAACAAAAAUUACAGGGAGGUCAUGCUGGCUCUUACGGUGUUGGAGACCUGUGUGAAGAACUGUGGCCAUCGCUUUCAUGUCUUAGUGGCAAACCGUGACUUCAUAGAUGGUGUUCUGGUGAAAAUCAUCUCGCCCAAGAAUAAUCCCCCCACCAUUGUACAGGAUAAAGUACUCGCACUGAUUCAGGCCUGGGCUGAUGCCUUUCGAAGUAGCCCUGAUUUAACUGGAGUAGUGCACAUUUAUGAAGAACUUAAGAGGAAAGGCAUAGAGUUUCCCAUGGCUGAUCUUGAUGCUUUAUCUCCAAUACACACACCACAGAGGAGUGUUCCUGAAGUUGAUCCUGCAGCAAAUAUGCACAAUUCACAGUCUCAGCAAAGGAUGAGCACCAGUUCUUAUUCUUCACCUUCUCCAACAGCGUAUUCUGCUCCACAAGCUCCAGCUCUGAAUGUGACUGGCCCCAUCACUGCCAAUUCUGAACAGAUUGCCCGGCUGCGCAGUGAACUGGAUAUUGUUCGUGGGAAUACCAAAGUGAUGUCUGAAAUGCUGACAGAAAUGGUUCCUGGACAAGAGGAUUCUUCAGACCUUGAAUUACUCCAGGAGUUGAACCGAACCUGUAGAGCCAUGCAGCAGAGAAUCGUGGAGCUUAUCUCACGAGUGUCCAAUGAAGAAGUCACAGAGGAAUUGCUGCAUGUGAACGAUGAUUUAAAUAAUGUCUUCCUCAGAUAUGAAAGGUUUGAACGAUACCGAUCAGGACGUUCCACACAAAAUGCCAGCAACGGACAGGUUCUGAAUGAGGUGACAGAAGAUAACUUAAUAGAUUUGGGUCCUGGCUCUCCAGCUGUAGUGAGCCCUAUGGUCGGAAACUCAGCACCACCAUCAUCACUUUCUUCACAGCUUGCAGGGCUUGACUUGGGUACGAACAGUGUCAGUGGCACACUCAGCUCCCUACAGCACUGUAACCCUCGCGAUGAUUUCGACAUGUUUGCACAGACAAGAGGCAGUUCCUUGGCUGAGCAACGAAAGAAUGUGACAUAUGAGGACCCACAGGCUGUCAAAGGACUGGCAUCCGCCCUGGAUGUUCGGAAACAAAACACAGGAGGGGUAGGUCAUUGCUCUGUGUUUUGUUAUCUGAAGCUGUGUGUGGAAUCCAAGCUGCAGACAGCUCCUUCGACUGAGUCUUCUCAUUCUGUAUUCUAGUGACAUGCUAGUACUGGCUAUUUUGAAAUUGGUAUCUAGGAGCAACUACUUACUCAGUAAUGAUUGCUAAAGAGCUGCUACUUAGCACACCAGCCUAAAAGCCUUCAAAAUGAGAGUGGGUAAAUUGUCCUGUGUGCUUGCAGCUUGCCUGAGGGGUCUGGUUCUUUGACUGGAGUUGUUGCUGAAAAGAAUAAAUAGGGAACAUCCUGUUAAUGCUGGUGUGCCUCUGUUUGCUUUGAUUUUGCUUACGAAAAUUGGUGCAGUCUUAAUCUGCCAGACUUUGCUCAAAGUGCAUGGGCAGGAGCAAGCGACAGGAAGAGAAAUUAUUCAGACUUUUAAUGCUUUGCAUGCCUUGCCACAGCUGCCUUUGCAUGCAAUCUGUUCUGCCCCUGGGCAGGAGGGACCCAUGUGCUGCCGCCUCUCACACCACCUGAUCCUUACAACUUGUUUCAGAGGAUGAGCUUGGCCGACUUUGUGUGUAUGCCUCAGUGAAGACAGAAGUGGAAGGAGCUCUCAGGUCAUCCCUCAGCCCUUUCUACCACCCUACUUCUUAAAAUUGUCCUGUUUACAGCAAUAAGUUUUCAGAUGACAAAGAAAGCACAGUCUUUCCCUAUGCAGUUUCAGUCUGUGCUGACCACUAGGGAGCACGGGAGAGCCAGUGUAGCACGGGGGAGAGGCAGGGCAGCCUGGGCAUGUCUCCCUCCAUGCAGAACUGCCUCCCCGUGCCUUGGCUGAUCCCGCCCUGCUUCUCUCUGAAGUUGAAACGGGAGUGCUCUGGGCAGCUGGCAUGCCUGGCAACUUCUGCUCUGAGCCGGAGAGAAUUUGUGUUCUGAGCCAGCUGGGGUCGGAUCACAGCUGCCUGCAUUGGCCAUAGUGCAGUGGUUGCCCAAGGAGCACCCCCAUCCCACAAAUCUGUCUGCUGGUUGCUGUCCCCAUCCUCCUGCCAAAUGGGUAGUGUAUAACCCAUCCCACAAAGCUUCGUCCCAGCACAGUUGAGGGAGGGGGUGGUAGCAUAGGGAGGCAGGGAAAGAAGUUAUACCAGGGAGAGAGAGAGGAAUUCCUGAUGUCAGUGCUACAGUCAGAGCCCCUGUGUCACUGUGCUCUGUUACUGGGAGGACCUGGGAAGCAGUCUGAGAUUCUGUUCUUUGUUCCUGGUUAACCAAAAGCACGGGGCUUGAGUUACUGCUGGCCGAGGGGGCCGUCCGUGUUUAUUAAUGCUUCUGUUCUCAGGCAGUUGUGCUUGAGGCACCAGUGUCAUUCACAGUAGUGUAGCUGCUGCUCUGCCUGAAGUGUUAUGGGUUCAGAUGGCUGUAUCUAAGCUAAUCUGAUGGGUCAAAGUUUUGUGGGGAGGAGUACUUUAUAGGUUGUGGAAGUUUGGGCUCUGAGAUGGUGUAGGGACUUUGCUUUUCAAAGGUCCUGGUGACUGUAUCGUGUAAUAAGAAUUGCUCGUUCUCAAGGCACUCUUUCUUUAGUAAACACUACUUUUUUUCAAGUGUUGUGAGGCUUAUGGGUGUCUCUUCUUAAAGGAAAUAAAAAUUAAACUCUCCUAAAGUUCCAGCCGCAGCAUGCGUAGGGAAAAACUGGCAGUGAGCAGUAAAUGAAAGACAUGAGUUAAUGUGGGUAGAGAGCUAAUUUAAGAAGAGCUCUAGGGUGGAACCAGAGCUUUGCAACACGUUCUGCACACGUUGUCUUCCAGCACAGUUGUGCAGGGGUAAAUUUCAGCACAUCCGACAUUUCUAAUGUAGUCAUACUCAGAAAGAUCUGUAGGGAGAUGGCUGCUCACGUGGCAUUAGCUGUCUUUUAAUAUGAUUUAGCAGCUGGAAACCGGACAAGCUAAAAAUACCCUGAAUUCUUAAUAUUGCUUUUCCUCGUUGGGAAUUGCUUUUGUUGCCACAGAGUUGUUGCGUGAUCACAGCUGGGAGGAGAGGUGUCCAAGAAACAAUUCUCACUGUUA